UGCGAUUCUGUAAUUGACUCAAAAUAGAGUAUCUCGUAUAAGAACUGCGUUCAUAAUUUAUACUCGUGACUUGUAACAUGUUAGUAAACAGUGCUUAGAGCAGACAACUUAUGUGGACAUAUUCGCUUAAGCCGUAUGCGCUGAGAGCCAAUCAAUGUAGAACCGUGCGCGACAGUGUUCCCUAUAGAUUAGGUCUACAUUUUCAUUUAUUUAAUUAUAGCGAUGCAUAGUUUAAUUCAACGUUUUGCUGUGCCAACUUGCGAGCUUGGCCUCAUUACUGCCCGAAGUAUACACACAACGUCGGCUGUGUUUGCGGGAGCACGAUUCCGUGAAAGCAAGGGUCAGCCGAGGCACGUCAAUAUGACCAGGGAAUUUGCUGAUGCACCCGAUUGGUCCUAUCUCGAUGGCAGACCAGCGCCAUUAGGCUCCGGUCAACGUAAACGCUACCUUCAGCAAGUGGAAUACAACCAAGCUAUUCAGAGGAUGAUUCACGAGGUGGAUACAGCUAAGACAGCCGAAGCAGAGCGUAUACAAAAAAUUGCUGAAACCAAGCAGCAGAUUAUUGCCAACAAACUUCGUCCAAAAGGCAAAGAUUUAUUUUCUGAAAACAACAAAUAUGCGUCACAAGCACGCAAGAGACCGUCAUUGUCCCGUCGUGUAGAGAACAAUUGACGAAAACUGUAAUUUACUUUAGCAUUGGAAAUUAAUAAUCGUAGAGUCAGCGAAUACUAGGGGACAUCCUGACUUCUAUAAAAAAAAAAAAUAAAUAAAGAUGGUGGUGUGGCUUAAUACAAACAUUGGCUCUUAUGGGUUGUUCGUUUUAGCUGCUAAAAUGGUAUCAAGUAGUUCAUAUUAUUUUUGUAGUAUAUAUACAUGGAGAGUUUCUCAUUCAUAUUGACAGAAAGUGCGACUAAAGAUAGUAUUGUACUGAGAAAUAAAACAGUCUACGGAUCAAAAUUAUUUAUUCGACAUUUUUGAUUAAUAUGACUAAUUAUCUUACUACACUGUUUUUCCACCAAUUUAGUGUAGUAUAGUAAAUCGACCACUGUUCUAUAUAUGACAGCGCUUGCCUUCUUGCGUAAUAAUCUACCGAAUUAUUGCACUUGCCAUUAUGUCUUACUUUUUCUGAGGCCAUUUGCCGUAGGAACUCUGCUAAUAUCUACUAAAGUUUAGCUUAGAAUCUGUGAACACAAAUAAUUAUUUUGCAACAUUGUUACAGAAUGCGUGAAAGUAGAUAGACGCCUAUUUCUUAGCCUUCACUGUUAUAUUUGAAAUAUAUGUUUAUCAUUGGCUCCCAGAAAAAGACUGUUAUAAAAACCGAAGUAUGCCGAUAAGUCUCGAAAAGACUUUGUUGAUUCGUUU